AUGGACAACAAGAAGACCCCGUACCCGCGCGAUCUCGCCGAGCUGUGGGACGCAGCUCUGCAGCGCCACGAGCUGGAGACCGGGACAAAGUUGCUUGGGACCGCGAUCGCGAAGCACUACCCGCUUCACCCUACCAGUGACGACGAGGUCCUCGCGAUCUUCGCCGCGCAGAGCAAAUCGUUCGAGACGUUCAGAAGCCGCGGCGGAAAACUCCUUGCGGUUUUGAAGCCCGUCGUGCACUUCGCUUGUCUGGUCAUCGAUUCCGGGGCGGAGGCGGCAGCGUCGAUGAAAGCACCAGGGGGUAAAGCCAUUUUCGUGGCUGUCGGUGUACUUCUACAGGCUACGAAGGGAGUGAGUGCACUCUAUGACGCUAUCGAGCAUCUCUUCCAAGAGAUCGCGCCCCUGCUCAAUCGCAUCGCGACCCAUCUGAGGCCAUCGGCGGCGCCCGCACCUGCUCUGAUGAACAUCCUCGUCCAGACCUGCGUCCAGGUACUUGAGAUACUCGCAAUGACCACGAAGUAUUGCAACUCAGGCACUGGUCACGCUUGGAGCUCCAUCUUGCGGCGUACCAAGGAUUGCCUUCAUAGCUUUACCGGAGACAGCAGAAUCAAGGCGGCGCUCGAGAAGCUGGACCAUUUGACGAAGAAUGAGCUACUAGAGGCCGUGGCGGAGAUCGGCGUCACCGUACGUGAUUUCCAACCGCAGAUACAGUUCAUCGCAGACCGUACAGUUGUCCGAGACUUACGCGACUGGCUAAACUCACCCAAAGAGCAACCCCUCAAUUGGGAGAAGAAGCGGCGUACUGGUAGCUGCCAGUGGUUCUUCAACGAAACAUUCGACAGUUGGAAAGAACAGAAGAACGGAGUAUACUGGAUAUAUGGCAAGGCCGGCGCCGGGAAAAGUGUCUUGUGUUCAUCGAUCAUCGAUAAGCUCAAGGAGGAUCCCACGGUUAAAUUGGCAUACUUCUAUUUCGACUUCAGUGACCCGACGAAGCAGGACUGUCGCUCCUUGGCUGCCUCCCUAGUCUUUCAGCUGGGAACUUGCUCUGAAGCGUGCCAGAAGUAUCUGCAAGGGAAGACGAAGUCCACGUCUCCGACCUACGAUGAGCUUCUUCCCAUGCUAUCGGACCUGGUGAAACUCGCUGGACCUGUGUACAUCGUCAUUGAUGCUCUUGAUGAAUGCCCCGAGCGCGAGCGGGACAAAGGCUCAGCUCGCUUUCUGGAGCAUCUUUGCGAGCUUGAUAGCAACGAGAAGGACUUCCACUUGCUAGUGACCAGUCGCCCCGAAGCCGAUAUCUGGACUCUGUUCUCAUCUGUCACUCAUGCCUUGAACUACCAUGAUGCUCAGAGACAUCACGAAGAUGUAGACGCGUACAUUCGCUCUCAGCUGGACCGAAAAGAGUAUUGCUGGUCGUCCGACGUCAAGGAAGCUGUACGUGGAACUCUUAUGCGUGGAUCCAACGGAAUGUUCCUGUGGGUUGACCUCCAACUAUCGCGUUUGCGGGGCUGUGUAUCCUCUGCGGAUGUCGAGCGCGCCUUGAAAGAGCUCCCUGCCGAUCUUACUGCGACAUAUGAACACAUUUUGGAAAAGAUUGACCCAUCAUCCCCUCAGACGGAGCGCGUUCGUCGGGUCUUCGAAUGUGUUGCUUCUGCAAUGCGGCCGCUUUUCACGAAUGAAGUAGUGGAGAUCUACACCCUCAAUACCGAUCUGCGCUCGUCCGACGAUAUGAACAUCAAUGACUCCGAGACAUUCAUACUCGAGAGAUGCACCGGUCUGUUGAACAUAUCCGAUUGGUUUUAUCGGCGCGAUGGACAAGUGCACAGAAGCGUCCAGUUUAUUCACUUCUCCGCGAAAGAGUUCCUCAUGUCUCCCGCACUCCGAGAUACCAAGAACUUGGCGCAUCGCUACAGAUUCGAUGAAUACACAGCCAAUCUCACGCUAUCGAAGACAUCUCUCGCCGCACUUGAUGUUGCACCGGCUUUGCCUUCCAUACUCGUGUACGCAGACUCUCAUUGGAGAGACCACGUCUCGCAUCAGAAUGAACUCGAUCUUGACAACUCGCUGGGCAAGCACCCUACGGGGCUAUGA